UUCGUGGUCGAUAAGGUGUGAACAGUUCGUCCGCCAUAUUUUCGAGUUAAGGAAGUAAAGUCAGCGUUUGCGAGUUAGAGAUGUUCGGACGAUACAUAUAAGUUAUUAUAUUCGUUAUGAACCUUAUUUUUUAUAAGUUUAAUUACUUUAAAUCUUCGAUGUUAUGACGUCUUUUGAACCAUCCAGGGGGCGCUUCGGUCGACCGGUCGCGACGUCUUGUCCUCGUUUCCAGUAAAGAAGUCUGAAAAGGAUUUUACAUUUAUUAGAACAAUUAUGUCUCGAAAUCAUCGUUGGUGGAAUUAUAUGAAAACUUAUGUGUUAUAUUGUUGACACGUGUAACAUAUAAACUAUAACAUGUAUGUAUAUUUAUGGAUGAGAGCCAAUUAAGUUAACCCUAAAGGGAAGUCCGACGCUCUGGCUUAAAAGGAAAAAUUUUAUUAGGAUUUAUAGAAGAAAGUAUAUUUACAAUGUCUGCCAGCGUUCGUACUCCACUUCAGACAGUUCAUGAAUCAGUUGUGGCUGAUCAGGGAGAAGAGAGUAUUCCGGCACCUCGUAUAUCUGCUCGUAGUCGAACCUCAGAGGAACCUCACAUAGGAAGAUAUCGUUUAUUAAAAACUAUUGGCAAAGGAAAUUUUGCCAAAGUUAAGUUAGCGAAACAUCUUCCUACAGGCAAAGAGGUUGCAAUUAAGAUAAUUGAUAAAACUCAACUAAAUCCAUCAAGUCUUCAAAAAUUGUUCAGAGAAGUAAGGAUAAUGAAAAUGCUUGAUCACCCAAAUAUAGUGAAACUUUAUCAAGUUAUUGAAACUGAAAAAACAUUGUACCUUGUAAUGGAAUAUGCAAGUGGAGGUGAAGUGUUUGAUUAUUUGGUUGCACAUGGACGUAUGAAAGAAAAGGAAGCCAGAGCAAAGUUUAGACAGAUAGUAUCAGCUGUACAGUACUGUCAUCAAAAGAGAAUUAUACAUAGAGACUUAAAAGCUGAGAAUUUAUUACUUGAUGGGGAAAUGAAUAUCAAAAUUGCAGAUUUUGGUUUUAGUAAUGAAUUUGUACCAGGUCAAAAACUUGAUACAUUUUGUGGAAGUCCACCAUACGCUGCUCCUGAAUUAUUUCAAGGUAAAAAGUAUGAUGGUCCUGAAGUAGAUGUUUGGAGUUUAGGUGUAAUAUUAUAUACUUUAGUCAGUGGUUCUCUUCCAUUUGAUGGUGCAAAUUUAAAAGAAUUAAGAGAACGUGUUUUACGAGGGAAAUACAGAAUACCUUUUUACAUGUCUACUGACUGUGAAAAUUUAUUAAAGAAAUUUUUAGUAUUGAAUCCAGCAAAAAGAGCAUCACUUGAGACUAUCAUGAAGGAUAAAUGGAUGAAUAUUGCAUAUGAAGAUGAUGAAUUACGUCCAUAUGCAGAGCCAGAACCAGAUUUUAGUGACAGUAGAAGAAUAGAAAUUUUAAUGUCUAUGGGCUACACUAGAGAUGAAAUAGAAGAUUCUCUUAGAAAUAAAAAAUAUGAUGAUAUUAUGGCUAAUUAUUUGUUACUUGGAAAAAGACCUACUGAGAAUGAAAGUUGUGAUUCAAGGUCUAGUUCCAGUCUUUCACUUCGUACACUGAGACCAGCUGCUGUUGAAGGACCAAGUAGUAAUCAAUCACCUUCUCAUGUUAAGGUACAACGUAGUGUUUCUGCCACAACUAAACCUCGACGAUUUAGUCAUGGCGGUAAUCAAGUUACUACCAACUCUGCUGCUCCUACUUCAUAUAAAAGACAGAAUACAGUCGAUACACCUUCUAGUAAAGAUGUAGUUACUAGCUCUGCUUCACCAACAUUAGCUUCAGGUCCGCGUACUGUAAAAACUGCUCCUGCAGCUGUGACGUCUCUGGAUACAUCAACUGGUAAAAGUUCUACUCCAACCAGUGGUAGUAGUCCAUCAAAAGUUAUUGGUUCUGGUCGUAAACCAACUGGAAGCACUUCCUCAACUAUUUCAUCUAGUGGUACAAAAGGAACAUUUAGUAGUAUACCACGAAGGAAUACGUAUAAUUAUUCAGAAAAUAAAGCAUGCUCAACUGAAAGAACACAAAAUACAGAUACUCCAAGCAGUAAUAUCCCUUUGGGGGGUGAUGAGAUACCAAGCUCAAGACAGAAAGGUCAUACGAAGUCUGCAUCUGUUUCUUGUACUGGCCGUUCUGAGCUGGCAUCUAUUGAUCCUUCAUCUGACCCUCCACGACCAAGCAGUGCAACAACAAUCAAGCAACAGUUAGCCGUCUCUCCGCUGACUGCCGUCAAUAGGCCAUUCCCCAGAGGCACCGCGAACCGCAGCACAUUUCACAGUGGGCAGACAAGAGAAAGACGCCAUAUCAGUGCUUACAAUGGUCCCGGAACGGGUCCGAUGCAGACGCAGGACACGUCCGGAGUGACACACGCAGGCAGACAGUCAUUUUUUAGCAAAUUAUCUUCGAAAUUCAGCAAGCGGACCAUCAACGACGAACAAGUGAAGCCUCGUUCUCUGCGGUUUACAUGGAGCAUGAAGACCACAUCGUCACGUGACCCGAACGAAAUCAUGCAAGAGAUACGUAAAGUGUUAGAUAAAAACAACUGUGAUUACGAACAGCGAGAAAAGUUCCUGUUGUUGUGUGUUCACGGUGAUCCAAACACAGACUCCCUCGUCCAGUGGGAGAUAGAGGUGUGUAAGUUACCUCGUCUCUCUCUCAAUGGCGUGCGAUUCAAACGCAUCUCCGGCACAUCCAUCGGAUUUAAGAAUAUCGCUUCAAAGAUUGCCAAUGACCUAAAGUUGUAGGGAGACAAGCAAUCAAAUUGUUCAUAAGUAUUCCAUCUAGGCAGCUGCCGCAUAAACCCCCACGGGAUAUGAAAAAAAGAUGAUUCCAAUUUGCAUUGGAGUCGAUGUAUAUGAUUUCUGGCAGAGAAAUGUAUGAUACAAACUGUUAACUACAUUAUCAUUAUAGCUGUAGAAACAUUUUCUUUAGAAGCAGACAUUUUAGGAGUGGUAUUCCAUUUCCUUUGAAUUGCCCUUAUAUAUUGUCAUGAUUUUGAUGUUUGGUGAGCAAAAAAAAAUUAUGAAAAUUGUGCAUCUGUAAAUGCGAAAACAGUACAAUUCCUAUUUGACAACAGUAAUCCUCAUCACAAGAUUCCUUCCACAUUAAGACAGAACUGUAAAUUCAAAAUCUGAACAGCAAUAUCACUAAGGUUAUAUUCGAAUUAAUUAAUGUCGGAUGUCAUAAAAUGGCUAAUUUCCAUUCUUAGGGUUUUAAGUUCUCUCUACACUUUGCUCGGUCCCUUUUUCAGUUAAGUUUCUUUCCAAACCUAUCUGGUUUGCAUCCAGCAUAAGACCGGUUAUGGUUCGGAGAACUUAGAUGGCACUUUAUGUAACGUUGAAACCACUUUGUUUAAGUGGGAAUUACCAUUUUUAUGAUAAAAAGACAGGCAAAAAUGAAAAGGGUAAAGCGCGAGAUUCUUCCACGUUUCCCUUAUUUUUAGAAACAGUUAAGUGUUUGCUACAUUUUAUGCAAUCAUUGUUUGAAGUCGAAUUUAUAUGCAGAACGUUCGGAGAAAUCUACGAGAUCAAAGUGUUCUAGCGAUGUUACGGCUUUCUCCGUCUUUCUUCUCUUUCUCUAUUUAUAUAUAAAAUAUAUAUAAUAUUAAACCCUCUACAAUCACUUCAUCUCUUUAGAGUCCUUUUUUUCCCAUGCCCUUUUUUUUUUUUAUCGCGACGCGUCAUCUGCAGUUGCCCGUCCCGGGCGGCGACUGGCUGAACAGAGGCCAUUCCCACCUGGCGAAACAUUUCGGUUCGCGUAAAUGACUGACCUCCCCUCCGGCACUUCCGUCGCUUCUGGCAUGCAAAUCCGCCCGACAGACACCGGUGCUACAAGUAGUUCUCGCCCCGUUUGAUAUCCGAUGUGCACUCGACGCCGGCACCAAAGGACGACGUCGCCCAAAACACUCACAUGUCCAAGAUGGAAAAGGAAUCACCACUAAAUCCCAGAAUCAAAUUCUCCAACCAAAAAUAAGAACAGUAAAUAAGAGAAGAUACUAAAGGAUAAAUAAGAGACUUUUUUUUUGCUACCAGCACAAUUAUUUAAACAGGAAUAUUAUUGCACUCUGGUGGUUUGUUAUUCCAUUGUUGUAUGAUGAAUACUGUAAAUAGACUUCUUUAGCUUCUACUUCUGUUGUAAACUUUGAAAAAGAAAAAAAAAAAUAGUUUUCAGCAAGUAUAUAACAAUCGAUGUAGAUUUAUUCAAAGAUAGACCUCCUCCUCCUGAAAGUAAUAAAAGGAGUAGUAGUCCAGAACCUCGUGCUUAAACGGUAAGAUUCUCGGAAAAAAAUGAUCUUGCAAACUGCAGUUGUUCACAUCAACAAAUAUCAUGCAUGUAAACAAGUGCAUAUUUUUUUUUUUAUUACAAUACAUUGCUUGGGAAUUUUUUUCCUGUAUUGUGAUGGGUAAUCCCUUAGAUAAAUAAUCAUAUGUUGACAGUCUGUAUACUAUCUGAUCUGUAAAUGUGGUUAUGUGAUUAUUUGUAAAAGAAUACAGUGGAACUUGUUUGAAAACUUGUUCCAGAACUGUAUAAUAACAUUUAAAAAGUACUUUAUGAUCCCCUUUAGUUAAUAAUAGUAAAAUAUACUACUACACCAA